GUGUCAGUGAAGUAAACAAACAGUGGACAGUGAGGAAGAAUAAUAUUGAACGUUCCACAAGGUGUUUUGUAUUUUUGUAAAUAUUCUCAGUUACUACUGACAAUUUGUUUGUAAAUAUUUAAUAGGGUUUAGUAAAAAAAUGGCAGACCCCGCCAGUACGGUGUUGGCCCGUUUCAAAUCAGAAACGGGCGACACGAUUGGCAAUAUGAUGGACUUGCCUAGAAAUGUCACUGUGAAUCAUUUGCAGUUGAUUUGCAAUUCGCUUCUCAAACAAGAAGAAUCGGUGCCGUACGCAUUUUUUGUCGACGAAAAAGAAAUCGUUAAAGACUUGGACGAAUGUUUAGACAAUAAAAAAUUAAACACCGAACAAGUAAUAGACAUAAUUUAUCAACAGCAAGCCGUUUUUAAAGUACGACCGAUCACUCGAUGUUCAAGUUCAUUACCGGGUCAUGCGGAAGCAGUGAUAUCAGUUCAGUUCAGUCCUGAUAGUCGUAAAUUAGCUAGCGGGUCGGGCGACACGACCGUGAGAUUCUGGGAUCUCGACAUGCAGACACCUCUAUACACUUGUGAAGGACAUAAAAAUUGGGUAUUGUGCAUCGCAUGGUCGCCUAACAGUAAAUAUUUAGUGUCUGGUUGUAAAAAUGGAUUGAUCAUGUCCUGGAAUGUCGAAACGGGCAAAAGAUUGGGUCCCCCAAUGACAGGACACAAACAAUGGAUUACGGCGUUGUGUUGGGCUCCGUAUCAUUUAUCACCCGAGUGUAGAAUAUUUGCUAGCAGCAGUAAAGAUGGUGAUAUCCGAAUUUGGGAUGUCAUUCUUGGUCAGUGUCAGAGAUCUCUUACCAGUCACACGCGUAGUAUAACUUGCUUGAAAUGGGGCGGAACAGGAUUGUUGUACAGUGCAUCACAAGAUAGAACAAUCAAAGUUUGGAGAGCUGAUGAUGGGAUUCUGUGUCGAACACUCGAAGGACAUGCACAUUGGGUAAACACUUUAGCCCUGAGUACAGAUUAUGUAAUGAAAACGGCAAUGGUACCUCAGCCACCAUACAAUAACACUCAAAAUGAAAAUCCUUUAGCAGAAGCCAAGAGACGUUUUGACCAAGUUGUGGCUAAUGGCGGUGAACGCUUAAUUUCAGGUUCUGAUGACUUUACGUUGUUUUUAUGGGCCCCAGAAACCAGCAAAAGGCAUAUUGAACGAAUGACUGGCCAUCAACAAUUGAUAAAUUGCGUACAAUUUUCUCCCGAUACAAGAUAUGUUGCUUCAGCUUCUUUUGAUAAAUCUAUUAAGUUAUGGGAUGGGAAAACUGGAAAGUUUCUUGGAACAAUGCGAGGUCACGUUCAAGCUGUUUAUAUGAUUUGUUGGUCUGCCGAUUCGAGGUUGCUCGUUAGUGGAAGUGCAGAUUCUACGUUAAAAGUUUGGGACGUAAAGAAUAAGAAAUUAGAAGGUGACCUGCCAGGACAUGCCGACGAAGUAUUUGCCGUAGACUGGUCUCCAGAUGGUCAUAAAGUUGCGUCUGGCGGGAAAGACAAAGUACUCAGGCUGUGGACACAUUAAUAACAAUACGAAAUUGGAUGUUAUGAAAAUUAAUCUAUCGUCGAGUACAUGACCCAUAUCUUGUUACGUUAAUAUGCAAGUAAUAGUUAAUUACUUAUGUUAUGUAUUUUUGUCAUAUUUUAUAAUUUAUGUAUAAUGGUAUUAUGCUAAACAUUAAACAAUUGACUAAAGAAAACAA